CGUGGGCACGCAGCAGUGGACCAUCAUGGACACACACAGCAACAAGACGAGCUACAAGCUGACGGUGCUGAAACCCGACACCACCUACCACGUCAAGGUGCUCACGCAGUGUCUCAGCAAGCUGCACAAGAGCAACGAGAUGAUCACCGUCAGGACUCCGGAGGGCUUGCCCGACCCUCCCAGGAACCUGCAGCUGUCUUGUGAUAACGGCGAGGACGGGACGGUGGAAGUGUCCUGGAGCCCUCCUGACAAAGGACACGGCCUCAUCAGAGAGUACAUUGUGAGUUUUCAUCUGGAUAAUAAUUAUACAUUUUAUUUAUAGACGCACUCAAAGACGCUUAACACAAACAAGAACAAGGUCAAUUAAAAUCAAUAAAACCGUGCAGAAUAAAUGAAAUCACAAUCAGUAAAAGCACGACA